GUAUCUAUGAAUAUUUAAUCGCGACACAGGGACCAAAAAGAGACCAAAAUGUCCACUAUGAGUGAUUACGAACGGAUAAGACUGGUGAUUUUAGGAGGCCAAGGGGUUGGGAAAAGCUGCAUUAUAAAGAGGUUCCUGUUCAACACUUACUGCAACAAGUACAGGAGCACUGUGGAGGAUUUAUAUAACAAGGAGUACGAUUUGGGACACAUGACGUUGAAGGUGGAUAUAUUGGAUACCGCAGGUGACAUGCAGUUUCCUGCAAUGCGUCGCCUGUGCAUCGCCACAGCUCACGCCUUCCUCCUAGUCUACUCCGUAGCCUCUGCGCCGUCCUUCGAGAGUGUAAAGCAAUGUUUCGAGGAAAUCAGAGAGCAACGCAUCGACUACCAAGACAUACCCAUCGUAGUAGCCGGAAAUAAGCUAGAUCUGACACCAACGCAUAGAGAAAUUACUGUUGAAGAUGUCUCAGAAUGGGUUUACUGCGAAUUGCCCAAAUUAAGGGUGAAGAUUCUGGAAUGUUCGGCGAAAGACGACAUCAACAUAAAAGAGAUAUUCCGCUCGUUCCUGUCGCUGUCGAAGCUGGUGCCCAAGAAUGAGGUGGCCGAUCCCAAUACGGGACUGAAGAGGAGGUCCAGCGCUUACGUGUCGGCUACGAGCAAAGGAAAACGAAGGGCGGAGAGUCCUUUACCAGAAAAAGCUUCAGGAUCAGGUGCUGGAAGCUCCGAAGGCAGCAAUCACCUCUCAAAACCGCGGUCCAGGUCUUUGAUCCGCAGGGCCAGCAGGAAGACAAAGCAGCAAAUCAGGGAUGCUCAGGUGGACGAGUGUAAUGUGUCCUAAGCACGCCACCCUUUGAGAAGGGGUGAUGUGGAGUGUAGUGAAGUGUAACGGUGUGUCAGAGUCGAAUAGCCUUUGUGAAAUGCAAGAUUUACCGCGGACUGUGUAUGCACGUAAUAUAUUAUUACUCAAAGGAUGUGUCGGAGUGACGAUGUGUGAGUACAACAGAUGAUAACUG